GGACCAGAACAAGUACAAAGAGGCCACAGAACUUCUCCAGGAUGCCCUGCAGAUCCGGGAACAGACCCUGGGGCCCGAGCACCCAGCAGUAGCAGCCACCCUGAACAACCUGGCUGUGCUGUACGGGAAGCGGGGUCGCUACCGGGAGGCAGAGCCCCUGUGCCAGAGGGCCCUGGAGAUCCGAGAGAAGGUCUUGGGGGCUGACCACCCGGAUGUGGCCAAGCAGCUGAACAACCUGGCCUUGUUGUGUCAGAACCAGGGCAAGUUUGAAGAGGUGGAGAAGCACUACGGGCGGGCGCUGGCCAUCUACGAGGCCCUGGGCGGCCCCGAUGACCCCAACGUGGCCAAGACCAAAAACAAUCUGGCCUCGGCUUACCUGAAACAGAACAAGUACCAGCAGGCGGAAGAAUUGUACAAGGAGAUUCUCAGCGGGCAGGAUCUCCCGGCCCCCCUGGAGCACCCUGGAAUUUCAGCCUCAGGAGACAAGGAGCACCAGGCCCUCCAGCGGAGCAUCUCCUUUUCCAAAUUCCGGGAAACCAUCCGGCGAGGGAGCGAGAAGCUGGUGUCUCGCCUGAAGGGCGAGGCGUCCUCUGGGAUGAAGCGGGCCAUAUCUCUGAGCGUGCUCAAUACCGACGCCUCCAAGGCCAGCAGGGGCCAGCUCCCGGGCAGCCAGCUGAGCCAGAUGAGAGUCCUGAGCACCAGCACGCAGGACCUGGGCUCCUCUCAGAACCAGCACUAGCGCCAGCCGGGCCACCGAAGCUCCUCGGGACGCACUGGGGGGCGUCAUGGGCCCUUCUUCACCCCCCCUCCCCGUCCCUCCUCUGGCUGUAUUUAUUGUAUUUAUACCCAUCUAGGUGUCCUCCCCUGGGGCUGAAGCAUUGGAGAUAAAACCAACCAACCCCUC